AUGGCCGACGAGGCGCUCGACGAGGAGGUCGAGGAUGACCGCUCUGUUGAAAUUUCCGCCAUUGCUGCCAUAUUCCCGGAAAUGGAGAUUGACUCGGCAUCGCCAUUCAAGGCCACACUUGACCUUCCGGUGACACUUCCCUGCCCGACCCAUAUUUACUUCGAACAACCCGCAGAUGUCGGACUCCCCACCGAACUGACACCCCCCACGUCUGUUGAUUCAUCCAAGGCCGAUAUAGGUCAUGCUACUGUGAGAGAUGUUCACUUAGUAUCCCACCUACCGCCUCUAAGCCUGGAGAUUGAAUUGCCAGAUGGAUACCCGUCGGAGAAGUCCCCGGUUGUCAGACUAAGUAUCCAUCCGCAAUGGUUGCCAGUUUCUGUUCUGGUGAAGCUUGCAAAUGAUUGCAAAAAACUAUGGGAGGAAUGCGGUCGAGAUAUGGUUGUCUUUACCUACAUCGUCCAUCUUCAACAAUUGGCCGAAACUGCGUUUGGGAUUCAAGAUACUCCCGGCGGAGAGUUAUUAUUUUCGCGAGAACUGAAAAUUGCCCUACUGGAUUUCAACAGCAAGGCCGAAAAAGAGAAGUUUGAGCAAGGAACUUUCGAAUGUGGGGUGUGCUUAGAGCCAAAGAAAGGUGCAAGUUGUUACCGGCUACUGCGAUGCUCGCAUGUAUUUUGUAUUGCCUGUCUCCAAGACUUUUACAAUACCUGCAUCGCUGAAGGUGAUGUUGAUAGUGUGAAAUGCAUUACUCCGGGGUGUGAUAGAGACCAGAACCCAGUUCCCGCUCCAGGGGGCGAAGGCCAGACUCCGCGUCACAAGAAGCGCGACCGGACUCUUGGACCUAGCGAGCUCCUUCAGAUCCCCCUAAAAACGGAGACAGUGCAGCGUUAUGUCUUCUUGAAGCGCAAAAAGAAGAUUGAGGCCGAUAAAACGACAGUUUAUUGCCCACGAGAAUGGUGCCAGGGGGCUGCCCAAUCCAAAAGGCACCCAAAGCCGGAAGACCCAUUGGCAGAUGUUGUCGAUGUAUCCGACGAGGAGGAAGAAUUCGAAUUUGACCCUCUUGGAGAGGAAUCACAACUGCCCCCAGCAUCGGAACGCUUAGCUAUGUGUGAAGACUGCUCCUAUGCUUUCUGUAGAGUCUGUAAGAAGGGCUGGCACGGCGAGCUCGUCCGUUGUUUCCCUCGUCGCCAAGCUGAGCAGACGGAGGAGGAGAAAGCCACCGAAGAGUAUCUGCGGUUGUACACGUCCCCUUGUCCCACCUGCAACGUUCCCUGUCAAAAGCGCAUGGGCUGCAACCACAUGCGCUGCUUCCAAUGUGACACUCACUUCUGCUACCUCUGUUCUGCAUGGUUGUCAGCAGACAACCCUUACAUGCACUUCAACGAUCUCAAGAGUCAGUGUUAUAACCGACUUUGGGAUCUGGAGGGCGGUGAUGGUCUCAAUCCAGAAGGUGCCGAAGCUCUCCACCGCAUCCCGGAAGACCUUUUUUUCGAUGAUGAUGAUGAGGAGGAGGAGGAUGUCAAUCAUGAUAAUGAUAAUGGUGACUUUGUCAACGAUGAAAAUAUUCGCCCCCUAUGGGAGCUUGAUACCAGCGAUGAUGAUUUUGAAGAACUCUUUCACCUUCAUCCUCCUCCCCCCGCACCAGUUCCACCUCAAAUCGACGCUGCACGAGGCGCCGGUGCCGGUCCAGAUAACCAAGGGUUGAAUGGAAACGGACUUGACCCUGCCGCGCGUGCUGCUGCGCGUGAGCUUCGAGUACAAGCCCGCGCAAUUGAUGAAAUCCGCGCAUUGGUGGAAGAACGCCAAAAUGACCCCGAAUUUGCUGAGUUUGUGCGCCAACGUGAUCAGUGGACACAACAGCGCGAACAGGAAGAUUAUGAGUGGUUUAGCGAACGCGAGGAAGAGCGUGUUAAGUGGUUCUUCCAACGUGAGCAGGAAGACAAUGAGUGGUUCCGCCAACGUGGGGGAGACACUCCGCGUUUACGCGAACAAGAGGCCGAACACUUCCGCCUGCGCCAAGCAGAAUCCCAUGAGUUUGAAAUUCAACGCGAAGAGGAAUAUCACGAGUAUAAACGCCAACGCGAGGAGAUAGACAAUGAGUGGGACCUCCAACAUCAAGAACACAAUGCGUUUUUCCGUCAAGCCGAACGCAACGAGAUCGAAUUCGAAUUCGAGAUUGAGGACCAUGAUGAUGAUGAUGAUGAGAAUGAGAAUGAGGUUGAAGAUCCUUUACGCCUGGAUUUCAUGCGCCAAAUCCUGCGCUUGGUCGAGCGCGAACGCCAUAACGAACCUUGA